AUGAGGAAUUGUAAAAAAUUAUUGUAUAAUCAUAGUGUUAAAAUUCAAUAUAUUAACUCAAAAGAAGGUAAUGCUAUAGCUAAACAUGAUUAUAAAGAAUUUGAAAAGCAUUUUGGUAUUCAGCAAGAUACUAUAGAUUUUCUGUUACCUUUAUCAAAUCGUUCUAGAGAUUGGAUUAGAAGUCUUCAUCUAUAA